AUGUCAUCAUCAAGAAGAACAUUGCUCGGUUUUAGAUCACAAUGGAUAAUGGGUGCUGCAACGGUUCCAGUCUUCUUGACACUUAUGCUUGCAAAGAGGAGUAUUGAAGCAGAAAGGUUUUUUCUUUUGGCUGUUUUUUCCUCCAACAUGCAGUUGUCUAGAAUUAUGAUCAGAGAUGGUGUUGGCAUAGAUCAAGUUAAGUCUCUACGAGAAGUGGAAGAUUUCAUGGACAGAGGUGAAAGAAAAUGGUGGGAAACGAGCUUGGAAAGUACUCCCUCUAAUAUUGAUGCUGUAACCACAGGUGGUGGGAAUAAAACCGAUCAUCUUGCUUUAUUAGAAUUCAAGGCAAAGAUUGUACAUGACCCUCAAAAUGUCAUGAGGUCAUGGAAUGAUUCUGCCCAUUUCUGUAAUUGGGAAGGUGUCGUAUGUGGUCGCAAGCACAGAAGAGUUACCAUUCUUAAUCUUGAAGAUAAAGGCUUGGUGGGUUCUUUGUCUCCUUAUAUAGGAAACAUGAGUUUCCUUAGGCAGAUAAUACUCCGCAACAAUAGCCUCCAAGGAAAAAUCCCAGCUGAAGUUGGUCGCUUGUUUAGGCUACAAGCUUUUGAUCUGUAUUACAACCAUGUUGAAGGGAAAAUUCCAUGGAACUUGUCCCUCUGUUCAAACCUCAGGCUGUUGAUCUUACAAAACAACAAGCUAGAAGGACAAAUUCCAACUGAGCUUGCAAAUUUGCGUAAGCUUUGGGUACUUGACCUCGGUGUAAACUAUUUGACUGGCGGCCUUCCACCUUCUAUCGCGAACAUGAGCUUGUUGGAAAUGUUGGCUGUCCCUAACAAUUUUCUUACUGGAAGUAUUCCAGAUGUCCUGGGGCAACUAAGUCACUUGUCCUCGAUCGGACUUCCAUUGAACAAUUUCUCAGGUAUCAUCCCUCCAUGCAUGUAUAAUAUUUCGUCCAUCAAAAUUUUCUCUGUGGCUAUUAAUUCGCUUCAUGGAAGUGUUCCAUCAGACACUGGAAUCCUCCUACCGCGCCUACAGUUGUUUGAACUGGACAAUAACUACUUCAGUGGAUCAAUUCCACUGUCAAUAUCCAACGCUUCAGAACUUCAAGUAUUGACUUUGUCAGGAAACAAUUUCAAUGGAGAAGUUCUUGUCCAGUUUGGACUACUCAAACAGUUGCGAAUUUUACUUUUACAAGGCAACAAUUUCAAUGGUGGUUUACAAUUCAUCGCAUCUAUGGCAAACUGUAGCAAUUUGAUAUAUUUGGAGUUAUCCCAGAAUCAGUUUACAGGAGCAUUGCCUAAUUCGGUUGCCAAUCUCUCUUCUAAUCUUCGAUUUCUAGCAAUUGCAGAUAAUCGAAUAUCAGGUAGCCUCCCCCUAGGCUUAUUUGAUCUUGUUAACUUACCAAGAAUAAUCUUGCAAAGAAAUCAAAUAACAGGAGCUAUUCCUACUGAAAUAGGUAAGCUUCAGAAACUACAGGAACUCUUUCUUGAUCAAAAUAGAUUAUCUGGAAAAAUUCCUUCAUCUAUUGGAAACUUAUCAUCCUUGAUUAAUCUUCAAUUGGACAUUAACAUGUUACAAGGCACUAUCCCGUCUAGCUUAGGCAAUUGUCGUAACUUGCUACGGCUAGGUCUUUCUAGGAAUAAUUUAAGUGGGUUCAUACCAAAACAACUUUUUCCUAUUGCUUCCAUGUUAAUCUGUUGGUACAAAAGGCAGAAAAGGAUGCAAUCUCCGAGCUCAUUGGAACUAAAAUCAUUUCCAAAACUUUCUUAUCAAAAGAUUCUCAAGGCAACUGAUGGGUUUUCGACAGCAAAUUUGCUUGGUGCUGGUAGUUUCGGAUCUGUCUACAAAGGCACCCUUGAGGAGGAUGGAGUCAUCAUUGCAGUAAAAGUACUCAACCCUCAACGGAGAGGAGCUGCAAAAAGUUUCAAGGCUGAGUGCAAGGUCUUGCAAAACAUACGUCAUCGUAAUCUUGUAAGGACCAUCACUUCUUGCUCGAGUAUUGAUUUUCAAGGAAAUGAUUUCAAGGCACUUGUUUACGAGUAUAUGCCGAACGGGAACUUGGACAAGUGGUUGCAUCCAAGUUCGGAAAUAUAUGUCGAGCCAACUGAACAAUGGAGCUUGAGCUUUCUCCAAAGAAUAAACAUUGCCAUAGACGUAGGAAGCGCAGUGGAUUAUCUUCACCAUGGCUGCCAAAAGCCAGUCAUUCAUUGUGAUCUAAAGCCAAGCAACAUUCUUCUUGACAAUGAGAUGGUUGCUCAUAUUGGAGAUUUUGGGCUAGCAAAGUUCCUCUCUCAGCUCAGUGGUCCAAUUCACAGCAGUUCAGUGGGAGUGAGAGGCACAAUUGGUUAUGCAGCACCAGAAUAUGGGCUAGGAAGUGAUCCAUCAACAAGCGGAGAUGUUUAUAGCUAUGGGAUACUGUUAUUGGAGAUGAUGACAUCAAAGAAACCUACUGAUAAUAUAUUUGUAGAAGGUCUCAACCUUCACGAUUUUGCAAGGAUGGCAUUGCCUGAUCAUGCUGUGGAGAUUGUGGAUCCAAUUCUAUUGCAAGAAGAUGAAGAAGAAGAAGCAAGAUUAAAUAGGAAUGAAGGUCCAACACAAGUAAGAUAUGGGGAGAAAAUUGAAUGCUUAAUUAGGAUGAUGAAGGUUGGAGCAGGAUGCUCCAUGGAGUCUCCUCAAGAUAGAAUGGCCAUAAGUGAUGCAGUCAAUGAGUUGCAAUCAAUCAGAAAGUAUUAUAUGGGAGCUAGAGCAGGCCUCUCCACUCGAGCAAGAUCAUGAAGUGUGAAAUUUGAAAUGAAGCAGCUAAAGGAGCA